AUGACUUUAAUUCCUCAAAACCCCUACCGAAUGAGUUUCAGCAGAUGUAAUAAUGAGCGAAAAGCUUCAAUUCCCUUGCAACCGACCAACACGAAUGGGGGGAUCAGUGCUGAUAACACUGGUGUAGAUCUUAAAGCUCAUCGUGUGACUCCAUUCACCACCACAUUUGGACGGAGACACACCCUAUAUGGGGAGACAGAGAUACGCGAGGCAAAGGAAACUUUAGCAAAGUUAUUUGUGCCAGUGGCAAAGUUGGGAAUGUACCGGCUGCGAAGAAGUAGACUGCACAAAAAGAAUUCAGAGCUUCGGAGCUACACUAUCGACUCCAUUGUUCAGGCAUACCGGAGUUCCAACUCAAUAAUCUCCACUUGGCCUAUGGACGUGCUAACCUUGCUUGCUGAGGGAGCACAGUAUCACUACUUAGAAGAUGGCGAGGUGAUUGUAUAUGCGAGGGAAUGGUACUUGUCGACUGGAAUUAUUGUUGUUCUCUUCGGUGAGGUGCAGGAGACGCUACCAAAAUCUGAGAAAAACUUCACACCGAAUAAGACGUCUGGUAACAUACGGCACCCUGAGCGUUCCGUUUUAUGCGAACAAACCGUUCUCUGUAGGGAUUUUGCACCUUCGCGUCUAAAGGCGCACGGUUAUGCCGAUGUAGCAGUAAUACCCGCUCGCUGGGUUUGGGAUGCCAUCAAUUACACCUCAAUGGAGCCAUUUGCUGAGGGGAUGCUAGACUCUUUGAGAAUGACUGUUGCACCAUUAUGUGAAAGCGUUUUGGAACGAACGUACUUUCCCACCGCGUUGACGCUUCGUCGCAGUUGGCUUUGGUCUUUCUUCAGUGCAGGGGAGCGAAUUCGUCUCGCACGCCUCAUGGAGGUGAAGGUGUUUUGCGCUGGCGACACCCUGUUUGGUGAAGGGGACCGUAAUCCGUACGUGUACAUCAUUCGCCGCGGUGCCGUUCGGGUUGUGGUGUGCAAGGAGCCCAUUUUGGACUUUGGCCCCGGCGCAGCCUUCGGCGAGGUGAGUGUCAUUUUUGAUGAACCACGCUGCUGCCAUGCGAUUGCCACGUGUUUAUGUGAAGUUUACUGUUUGCACCGUCGUCACAUUAUGAAGCGACUCAGGAAGAAGGCGCACGUGUGUGAUAGCGUGAUUGGAACAGCCCUGAGAAGGCGUGAGCAGUGGUUGGAGGACGCCAAGACAAGGCACGUGAUGAGCCUUACUGUUUUGUUAGGAGGCGUCCCCUGUCUCAGUCAGGCGACAGAAAAGGUCCGAGCGGCCAUAGCGGAGAAGGCCAAAACAGUGGUGCUGCCCCCGCGACAAGUGUUAUUCAAAAAGGGAACCUUGUGCGAUCAUCUUUUCAUUGUGGGGCGGGGAACCCUCUUAAUGGAAGGUGCUGAAGAUACUGUAGCGACUCGUACGUCAACGGGGUUUGUGGGUGAGUUGUUUCUCCAUCCGCAUUUGUGGCCCACAGACGUUACCUCCCUCACAUCUGUUGAUGGCUGGAUGUUCCACGUUGAUGUAGUGAAGGAUGCGCUUGAUAGCAUAAACGCAAGGGAACAGGCAGUUGACAUAUGCCGUCAGGGGAUUGAACUUUAUCGCGCUCAGUACGGGCCGGAAAGUGUUAUGGAGCCAACCCCUGCACCCCGAAAGUUGGGUCCCGCGCGUAAAGGCACAACUGCCUUUUCUUCGGGGGCGAAGCAGUCAAAUUCACUCCGUCAGAAGGGGCAACCCAGAAGUCCGUCACUUCCCAGCACGCCAAGGCUUGUAGCGGUAGCGAAGACUACUCCUGUGAAGGAGGAGCCACUGGAGAAGUUUGAUUGGAACGCGUAUGCAAUCGAGGAUAAGGUAGCGCUGCCCUCAGCGGACACGGAUGAAAGUGAUAAGCGCAGUGAACGGCAGCAGACCGAGCAUGUCAUUGAGGCUGAACUCGGUGGGCAGGCGGGGAGUUUGUUGUCCGCUGGUGUAGGGCUAGGAAUUAGUGCUAUUGACUGCGACUUUUCUGAUGAGGUGGAUGAGAUGCGGCAAAUGUUACUUGAGCAGGCCCUUCUAAUACCUUCAAACAGACUACUGUUCUUCCUCAGGCAAAUAAAUCGCAGCAAGGUUACAUUGGUGGUGGACGACGGUGCCGUUGUGACGGGAGAGUGUUCGUUAGAGACAACCGUGGGUGACGAUCUGACGUUCCCCCAGUACGUCUUACCGCCCUCUGUUGUGUACACUUUAGACAAUGUGAACACUUAUAAUGUGGAUGGCGCGCCAUUUAACGGGGAGGACGUGCUAAACGACACCAACCGACAGUUAGCAGACGGAGUCGGUACGACUGCGCACCGACGAGCACGCACUCCCGAAGUUGCUCUUGUGACACCAGAUUUUAUGUCAACGUUUCGCUCCACCGAUGAAAUGGCAAAUACAACCUUAAAGGGGCAACAGUUUGGCGGCCUUUCAUUGUUCCUGCGGUCCGGUCGUCCAUGUUCGGGGCUCAGUGGUAAGCACCAUCUACAGCAUUCAUCGUCCCUUUAUGGGACGCUGCGGCGUAGGAGUCUUAGCGGGGUGAGCAGAAAUUAUACUCCUUAUCCCCAAACUCCUUUUACGCCUGAUGUACACGGUUCGACACAGUACAGUUUCUCUAACAUAUACACAAGACUCAAUAGCGUGGAUUACACACAACAAGCGAAAAUCACAGCUUCUGCACUCCAGUCUGCUCUUGAUCGUUUUGUGAAACUGGACGACCAAAAUUACUUUCAACAAGUGGUGCGUGUCUGCUUACCAACAGAGGCAGAGCAGCAGUUGAUUACGGAAGAGGUUGGUAGUGGUGGUAAGAGUAGCUGUGACUUGAUACUACUGCUGAUGCACGUUAGGAAGUGUGAGGGCCUCCAGCUAAGUGACGAUAUGCAGUACCCUAUUGUGAAGGUUUAUACCAAGACGCGCGUCCUCAUCAGAACGCCAAUUAUGGAGGAUCGUGUGGAACCGGACUGGCCGAUUGAGGUGGCCUCUUUUAUAACAUUUAUUCGCCGUGAUGCUGACGUCAGCUUUUGCAUCUGUGAUGCGGGCCAGGAAGAUAAGGUUGAAUAUACUGCCAACCUGGCCGCAGCUGACUUAGGAGAGAAUAGGGGUGUUGGCCUUCGGAAGUUGGUCAUGCAUCGUGGGGCUACGGAAUCUAAUGAUGAAAUCAAUGAGACCAAAGCCACUAUUGAGGUGUGCAUGAUGGCCGUUACUACUUCCAAGCACCACGCACUGCAGAAGCAUCUUGAUGAGGAGGAGGACGCUUGCAAAUCAUCUGAUGACUUUAGUGCAAUCUACCUGCAGGUACUGGGGGUGAAAGGCUUAAAGCAUCGUAUAGAGGCUGCCGUCCAUAUUAGUGUGGAGAUGGAUGGGAAGACAAAAGAGGUUCUGCGCACCCAUAAGAUCGCACCCAAAACACGCUCUCCCGCGUGGCCGGGGCAAACCAGUUUUUGUGUUGCUCAGGGGGACGGUGUAAUCAGUUUUGAUCUUUUCCAUCGCGACACGUUUGUGGCGUCGUACGAUACUUCCGUCGACACUCUCGCAUUUGGCGGUACCGGUGUGCAGUGUUUACCUCUCCUUCGCGCUCAGGGGACCGGCGGGGACCCCUAUGGCGACUUGUAUGUUUCCAUUCUUGGAACCAAAACACCAUGUGGGGAGGAGGACGUCGUGGAGCGACCGUCGAAGUUGCUUGUCGUGCAUGUGGAGGCGCUUUCUCUACGCCAAAAUCUGGAUUUAGAGUUUGUACCUGAUCCAUUUGUCAUUAUCCGGGGCCCCAAAGGGGAGGUAAUUAUGCGCACCGCAAUGAACUUUGGUACGUAUGAGGCGAAAUGGUCGGAGGAACGUGCUUCUUGCUUCAUCCUUUGCCCCUCGCUCCCCGGUUGCGUCGUAACGUAUCACUUGGAGGUGUAUGACAACAAUGAGUCGAGCAAGAUUGGUGAAGCAACAAUGACGGUUACCGUGAACGGCACAAAACGCAAUCGUAUGAUGCUUGACAUUGGGGGAAAGGGACUACUCACAGUGGUGGCUCAUUCGUUUCCAAUACAAGAUGUUAUCAGCCACAGCCAACCGCCUGGAUCAGGUCUUACCAAUCACCUCACCGACACCUCCAGCUCUAGUAUAGAAGAAGGUUACUUCUUGCAGGUUCAUAUUUGUAGUUGUGAGAGCCUUCAGGGGACUGGGUUUGAUGAUUUCCAGAUUGACCCUGUCGUAACUGCACGGGUUGGACGGAAGCGUAUUGUAGUUGCACCACUCGUGUCGGGCUGUACGGCACCCCAGUGGAAGUAUCCGAAAGCCACUUUUGUCCUUCCGUUUGUCCCUGACGUUCUCAGCCAUAUCGUUUUGGAGGUUUGGGACACCAACAUCGAGCUAUGCGAUGUUCUCGGCGUCGCCCGCCUUCCAAUGGAAGAGAUAUGCCGAACUGGAACACACAAAUACACUCUGCAGCCACAUAAGGAUCAAGAGUAUGGUCGGCGCAGGGAUUUAGGUACCAUUGUGGUAAACACUCGGUUCGGUCGCGUAAAUGGAGCUGUCGUUUCUAAGGAGUCGCCCUUGUUCUUUUCAGCGGGCUCUUCAGGCUCAGGUAUCUUUCGGUCCCGUUUAUUUCCUUCUACGAAUAGGGGGCCAAACCUCCCCAUCACUCGAGUCCGUUUGCACAUAUCCAGCUGCUGCUCUGCCGUAUCCGCAUGGCCUUUCGACUUUAUAAAGGUGACAUUAACAUGCCUUCAUCAUGUUUUGCUUGAGGUGCGUAAAUCCUGCAAAGAUGAAUUCUUCGUCGCAUGGUCCGUUGAUGAUGCGCAAACUAUCGUGGACCUUAGGGCCAUAUACGGACGAUCCCUGCGACUCGCUGUUUCUGGUGGAAAGGAAGAGACUGGACGAUUAACAACCCACAUUGGCGCCGCGCAUUUGCCCUUUUCAACGCUGGCAUCAGCGUCCCCGGAGGUUGUCUCUGUGCGGAGUUUACCACUAGUAGACCAGGCAACUGAGGAACGGAGUAGCGGGAGUAGAAGUGGUCGGCGAUGUGUAACUCCGAGUGUUUCAGCGCAGGAACCUAGUAUAACCGUGUCCCUUCUUGCGCUUGAUUCUGACCACUCUGUGAGCUUGGGAAGUGAGUAG